UCCAAAUAUCGCCAUCGCCACUUAUCUCCACCACAUCGCACCAUGGAAGGCAACAAGGAGGAGGCCCUGCGCUGCCUCUCCAUCGCCCAGCGCCACCGCUCGGCGCAGAACCAUGCGGCUGCGCUACGCUUUGCGCGCAAAUCCGUCUCGCUCUACUCCACACCCGAGGGCGAGAAGAUGGUACUCCUUAUCCAGGAGGAGCUGGCCACCUUCUCGUCAAGUGCGGGCUCAGGAGCAGAGUCUGCUUCGGAAGCACGCAGCCCACCGACCUCGGGCGCGGCCACGCCGACGCCGAGCGCCAAAGCCUCGGGUGUAGAGGAGCACGUGACGAGUGCACGGCAGCGCGGCGCCGCCGGCGCAGCAGAGAAGAAGAAGGCGGCAGCGGACAAAGCGACGGAGAAGCCGAAGGCACAGUACACCGCCAAGCAGCUCGAGGUUGUUACGCGCGUCAAGCGUUGCCGACACCACGCGUACUAUGAGAUCCUUGCGGUGGAGAAGAGCUGUUCCGAGAAUGACGUGAAGCGGGCGUACAAGAAACUGGCAUUGGCACUUCACCCGGACAAGAACAGCGCGCCGGGUGCGGACGAGGCUUUCAAGAUGGUUUCAAAAGCUUUCCAAGUCCUAUCGGAUAAGGGUUUGCGCGAGGUGUACGACAUGAACCCCACGGUCGACCCAACGCAGCGCGGUGGCGGCGGUGGCGGCGGUGGGAUGGCGCGCGGCUUCCCAGGUGGUGGCGGGAUGCGGUUCCAGACGCACCCUGGUUUCCAGCAGGACAUCAACCCCGAGGAUCUGUUCAACAUGUUCUUUGGCGGCGGCAUGGACCAGGGCUUUGGCGGGCCAUUUGGCGGCGCGCGAGUGUACACGUUCGGCGGCCCCCGCCGACGUCCCACCCAGUUCCAGCAUGCGCGCGGCGAAGACAUGACGCCGUCUUCGCCAUUCAUGGCGUUCCUCCCCGUCCUCCUCCUGGCGGCUUUCGUCCUCUUCUCUCUCCUCCCCACGUUCUUCGGCGACAACACUCCCGAUCCAGCAUACACGUUCCGCCCGACAAAUCGGUUCUCGCAGGUGCGCCACACGCUCCCCCGCAACGUCGGCUACUACGUCAAUCCCACUGAGUGGGAGGGGAGUGCUGUGUGGCAGAGCGUGCCGGAGCAGUAUCGGGCGCGAAAGGAUGCGGCACAGUUCAGCUCGCGCCUAAAGAACUUUGAGUUCGGCGUCGAGCAAACGCAGAUCCAGCAUCUCCAGGCUGAGUGCCGCGCAUUCGACAAUGCGCGCCAGCGCAAGAUUGCAGAGGAGGCGGGCGUGUUUGGGUGGGGAGCAGACUACGGCAAGAUUCGCGAGUUGCGCGCACAAACCAACCCGGCUUGCGAGCAGUUGCGGAAAUGGGGCGUGAGCACGCUGGGAUACUAGAGGCAUGCAUGUGGCACUGUAUUAUUUCCA